CGCGGCCGCCACCGCAGCUGCCGCUGCCUGCUCUUUGCCGCGUCUUCCCGGAGGCGGCUGCUGGGAGCCGUCGGGAGCAGCUGCGCUGCUCUGCCAUAUUGUGUCUUCCCCUGCCCGUCCCUCGCCUCCCCGCUGCGGCGGUCGAGCAGACGGAAAAAAAGUCUUAUCAUGCAAAGAAACGGCAUGGUCUUUUUUCUACCCCAACUCCGCGGUGGAGGGAGGAGGAAGGUUAUUUGUUUCCAGAACUGUAAGAGUAAAUGGGUCCAGUAAUUGGAAUGACUCCAGAAAAGAGAGCUGAAACUCCAGGAGCUGAAAAGGUUGCAGGAUUAAGCCAGAUUUACAAAAUGGGAAGCUUGCCUGAAGCUGUUGAUGCUGCCAGGCCAAAGGCCACUGUAGUGGACAGUGAGUCAGCAGAUGAUGAACUCACAAACUUGAACUGGCUUCAUGAAAGUACUAAUCUUCUAACAAACUUCAGCUUUGGAAGUGAGGGUCUUCCAAUCGUUAGUCCAUUGUAUGACAUAGAGGGAGAUGAUGUGCCAUCCUUAGGACCAUCUUGCUAUCAGAACCCAGAAAAAAAAUCAGCAACUGCAAAGCCCCCAUACUCCUUUAGUCUUCUCAUUUACAUGGCUAUUGAACACUCUCCAAAUAAAUGUUUGCCUGUCAAAGAAAUUUAUAGCUGGAUUUUGGACCGCUUCCCAUAUUUUGCUACUGCACCAACAGGCUGGAAGAAUUCUGUCCGACAUAAUCUGUCCCUGAAUAAAUGUUUUCAGAAAGUGGAAAGAAGCCAUGGCAAGGUUAAUGGGAAAGGUUCCUUAUGGUGUGUUGAUCCAGAAUAUAAACCCAACCUUAUGCAGGCACUGAAGAAGCAACCUUUUUCCUCAGCAUUGACAUUUUAUACCCCUCCUGCAUCUCCACAAAGUGGCUCUUUAUCACCUCACUUCUUAAACUCUGUACUCAAGCAGAACCAGGUGCGAACCCUCAAAGAAUCUGAUAUUGAUGCUGCCACUGCAAUGAUGCUUUUAAAUACUUCUAUAGAACAAGGAAUUUUAGAAUGUGAGAAGCCUCUUCCUCUUAAAACAGCAAUGCAAAAAAAGAGGAGUUACAGCAAUGCAUUUAAUCAUCCCAGUACUGUGCGAUUGCAAGAGAGUGAUUCUUUGGCCACGAGCAUUGAUCCAAAAGAAGACCACAAUUACAGUGCAAGUAGCAUGGCAGCACAGCGCUGUGCAUCCAGGUCUAGCGUGUCUUCUCUGUCCUCUGUGGAUGAGGCAUAUGAUUUUAUCCCAAAGAGUAGCCAUGUGGGAAGUGAUGGCAGUGAAGGAUUUCGCAGUGAAGAAGAUACAGAUGUUGAUUAUGAAGAUGAUCCUCUUGGAGACAGUGGCUAUGCAUCACAGGCUUGUGCAGAUACCUCUGAAAAAGGACAGCCAGGCAAAAAGAUGCGCAAACAGUUAUGUCAAGAAAUUGAUGAGGAGCUCAAAGAGGCAGCUGGAUCUCUGCUCCACCUUGCUGGAAUCCGUACGUGUCUGGGUUCCCUAAUAAGUACUGCAAAGACACAAAAUCAAAAGCAGUGGAAAAAAUAGAAAUACUUAUUAGUGUGAAAUUAUUUUCAAGUGUGGCAAUACUCUUCUACUUAAUUCUUUACAAGGGAUAUCAAAGCCAUAAUGGACUUCUUUUGGUUUGGGGUGGGGGAGGGGUGCUAAUUACCUGUUUAUUUCGAAACAUUUGUUUUAAUCUUUAUUAAAUAAUUGCUGUUAGGACCAUGUCCAACCAUAGAUACGAUGCCAAGUCCUAAAAGCUAAUUUUUGUGAUAAGUGUCUUUAAAAUUUGGAAAUUUUUUAUAGGAAAAUCCACAGCCUGUGUCUUAAAACUUGUAGGAAGUAUCUUUUAUUCUGUUAAUAUGCUAAAGUGUAAGAAUUGGCAACUCUGUAACUUUUUCUCAUUUUCCUUUCCAAUCAUUUGUAAUUAGCUAUAGUUGCUGAUCCAGCCAAAAAUGUUGCUGAUGUCUUUCUCACAUACUUCUCUCUGGACACAUGCAACCCAGUAGAAUGAGAUUUUGAUUUUUUAUUUUGUCUUAAUUUUUGUUUUUAAUUAUUUUUUGUUGAAGCAUGGAAAAACUUGAAUAUAAAUUGGAAAAGGUCCUAGAUGUCUCAAAAGCUCCUUUUGGUUACAUAGGCAGGAAGUACAGCAAAGAGUUCUUAAAAUUUAGAAAAGUCAGUUUUGUGGUAAAAUUUCAUCUAAGAAUACUCCAAUUCCUAUUACAAUAUUAUCUUUGAUUUUUUUUUUCUUCCCCGAUGUUGCAUAACAUUUACUGGGGCCUUUUGUUUGUUCCCAAAGUGCUUUGCAACCAUUGUUUGAAUUUUAGCCACUAGCUGUCUUUGUUGGGUAGAAACAAUCCAAUGAGAGGAUAUAGCCAUAAAGUGUGUUACGGGGUUAACACCCAUUUUGACACACUUUUUGCAAUAAGAGAAUCUUUCAUGUGUUGUUAAAUGGACUGCAUUCUGGGAAUUUUGUAGUAGGAAUGGAGUGUAAUCUAAUAGAAAUAUUUUGAAUAGUUACUACUUAUGUCCUUUUAAAUAAAGAUAGAUCAUUUAGGAAAAACUUCCAAGGUUUGUAUGAUAUGAAUUAAGUCUAUAUGUAUUCCUAGUUAAAUUUAAAAGGAUUUAACAAAACUAUAGAGACAAAGUACCUUCAUGAGUUUCAAAAUUCAUAUACAAUUAAAUCUUAUACAGUAUACCCUUUGGGGGAGGCAGUUAUAAUAUAUGUGCCAUUUAUUCCAUGCUAAAAGAUUUUAUAUUGCUGUUCCAAAGGUGCACUGACUAAGGCUUUUAAGUAUUUGAACAAAUCUGCUUCUGUGAGACAUUUUUCCAUAUCAUUUUUAUGGUUUGACUUUAUUAUUUAGAAAGAACACAGGAUACUAAUAAAACUAAACUUACUCAUUAUGUAUAUAUUUUUACAGUGGUGGAAGCAACUUUCCAAAAGUUUAGUCUUGUCUCAUGGUACAUUCUGUUUUAUAACAAUGAACUUGUUUUCAUUUUCCUGAUAAUUUCGUAUAUCCAUACAUACAUACACACAUAGAUACAUAGGCUCAUGAUUUGGGUUGGUUCUGAGCUGUUUCUAUGACUAAAACGUUUUCUUGGAUUUUUUUUUUUAAGAGAUACUUUUAUUUUAACUUGUAAAUUUUAUUUGGGCAAAACUGUUGAAUGAGAAGCAUAAUGGAAAACAUCUUUUUCUAUUGGCAAAAAUUUAAGCCAGGGAUAACAACAUUAAUAUUACCUGUCCUGUUUCCAUGUUCAUUGUAAAUGAACUUGAAUAGGCAUGUUAAUAGUAUCGGUGCUGUUGAAAUACAGUAAUUUUUAAAUUUGUUGAUAGUGAAAAAUAGUUCUUAAGUAUGCAGGAUGAGGUAUUUGGGUUUUUUUUUUUCCUUCUUCAUACAUGUCACAUCUACUACAGAAAAUGGCUAAUCCAAGUUGGUACCUUUUGCUGUAGACAGUGACUGUAAUACACACACAAAAAAAUGCUUAUACCACAGUAUAAACAGCACACAGAUUAUAAAAAUCACUUUAAUAACAAUAUCUUAAAGCUGUUUACAGUGGCCCUUUUGAUAGACAUUAGUAAAAGUGUAUUUCAGUGAUCUGGUUCCAAUGUAUUUUGUUCAACUGAAAUUCUGUACCACAGAUGUUCUCUCUGGUUCCUGUCCAUUAGGGAAUUAUUCUUCGUAAGCAGAGGAAAAUGUUCUAAGAUAAGGAGGGGGAGAGUUGUUCCCUCUUUAAGAGGGAUCUUCAAAAUUAUUUUCAUUUAAUAUAAAUAACAUAAUAUUCUACACAAUUCUUAUACAGAAUUCAGUGCAUCACUUUCCAUUUACUGAUUUAUCAAAGCAGUUAUUUUCAAGGGGAAGUAGCUUUUUAAUUAUGAUUCCCCCAUUAUUACUUCCAUAGAUAUGAUCCCAUUCCUCAGGUGUGUUGAGAUAAAAACAUGGCUAAUAACCACCCAAUUAAGGAAAGUCAUUUCAAGUCCUAUGGACUGGAAAUUGUAUUUCUAAUAAUAUAUUAACAAGAAAUUAUACUGUAAUAGAAACAGUUUGGCAGUCCCAGAGAGGUUAUAUAUGUUCUAGCAUAUUUUAAGACUGUGAUUUAAGCUAACGUAAUUUGCCUUACAUCAAUACAAAUUGUUAUAGCCAAUUCCAGUUUAUAAUAGAUAUCUAGUGAAAGUUUUGAGUCAGCACAAUUAAUCUUUAUCUUUCACAUCCCAAAUAGAAUCAGUGUUCCUUGAAUAUAGAUUUUUGAAAUUUGUUUGUGCAAUAUUAUUACUAAAUUGAUAUUUUAUUUUACCUAUCAAAUUCAGAGAAGAAAACAUUACUUGUAUUCAUGGAAAAGCUAAUUAUUGGUGGAUUGUCUCCUUUUUUCCACCUUUGAGCCUUUCCUUUCCUCCCUAGAGCCAGCAUGACUUCUCUUAAUGUAGAUACCCCUGUAUAUAGUAAGGUUUAGAAUAUAUAUAUUUUUUCUUUUGCUACUUUCUGAGGCAUUAUGUAAAGGGUUCAUACUAGGUGGUUAGUUAAAUAUAUGUAAGCACGAAUUCAAAGGUAGAGAAAGCGUUGAGGGAAUGUGUGUGUCUUCAUAAACCAGGAGGCCUUUCCUAGCAAUUUAACCAACAGAUGUGAAUACUUCACAAAGCUAUAAAGACUUCUGUCUUAAAUACUACAGUAACUUAACAACCAUUUUUGAAGACCAUAGCAUUUAAUUAAAGGCUUUCUGGUUUACAUAUACUUUACAGGUUUUUUGUUGUUGUUGUUGUUGUUAGUUUGAAAUGUGUAAGCUUUGAUUUAAACAAAGUUUACUUCACUAUGUUAAUGAUGUACUCAAAAUAUUUAUUGAAAGACAAAGUAGAGUAUUUUAAUGUUAUACCUGCCAUUUUUUCUUAAAGCACAUUUUUUUGCAUCUAACUGCCAGUGCCAUUGUCAAAACUUGUUUUUAAAAUUGUUGUACAUUUCUUAUUAAACUAAGUGCUUCAAGUAUUAUGUUGCCAUCAUAUAGUGUAUAAAAAUGUAUAAUUGCCAAUUCACUGUAACUAUUAUUUAUUUUUAAAUGAAGUGUAAUGCUUUCUGAUUCAAGAAAUUUGAGUUGUUAAACUGGUUUCCUUCUCCUCUUUUCUAAUGUAGCAUAAAAAUUGCCCUGAGUUUGAGUUAUAACUGCCAGUAGAUGACCAGUCACAAGUGAACCACUUCUCAGUUGCCAGUCUUCACUCAUAUUAAAAGCAACCUAACAGAUAUUUAGUUUUUGUAUCUAAUCUCUGAUUAUUAAAAUGUUUAUAAAGUUUAUUUUUACCAAAGAGAUGCAAUUCAUUAUGAUAAAGUAUUGCAGAAUAAACCUUGUUUUAUAA